GGGGGAGUGGUUUCCCCGCUCCGGCAGCGGCGGGGCCGGUCUGCGGGCGGGGAGGUGCCGCGGCGGCGGUGCCAGCGCCCGGCCCGGGAGGAUGCGGACGCGCUGACGGAGCUGCCGGCUCCCCUCUGCCGCCGUGCAUGGGCGGCGGGCGGCUGCCGCCUCGCCUCGCCUCGCCUGCCCCGCCGGCACUUCUAGGAUUUGACAGAGUUUGCACGACACUUCGUCAACAACGUGAGCAUCUGCAGCAAGGACAGUUUUCAGAAGCAACAUCCGUGGACGUGACUGAAGCAUGACAGAGGUGAUGAACACACGGGAACCGGUGAUGGAGGAAUUCGCGCUCAGCCAGACUCCUGAGGAAGAAGGAGGCCCUUCAAGCCAGGCCUUCCCCGACUCACGUGAGAAGUACCCCAAGCUGUCCAAAAGACUGCCGUCGAUCGUGGUGGAGCCGACCGAGUCUGGGGAGGUGGAGAGCGGGGAGCUGCGCUGGCCUCCUGAUGACCUGAAAUCGGCAGAAGACAAGGGUCUUCAUGGUGACCAAAGAGUCUGUGUCCAGCAGCAGCAGCAGCAGCAGCAGAUGGAUCUGGAAGAUACUUCAGCGCACUCAGCUCAAGAAGUGGAAGACAGUACAGACACUCUGGAAAGCAGAACUGAAGAGGACGAGUAGGGACUCCAUGGCCUCGGAAGUGAAACUUCAUUGUGAAUGUUGUUGGAAAGCUAACACACUCUGAAGACAUGUCAAAGUAAUCUGUAUUUAAAUCUGCAAGGGUUUUAUUUAGUUAGUACCUGGUAAGAAGCGUCUGGGCUUUAGAACUGUUCUUUUCAACAUUUUGAUUUUCAGGCUGGGAUUCAUAUUAUUUGUUUAAUUUUUCCUUGGGGAACAGUGGGACGUGUUAGGAAAUAUGAGAUUAUCAAGGAAAAAUGUUCCUAAUUUCAAUUAGCACACUUCAUUGGAUUUACCUUUUUCAAGCAAGGCUGCUUUCAGGUAUCAACAGCAGGACAAAGGGGUUACAUUUCUACAGGAGGGAUGUCUUAAAUCUAAAACCUUUAUUGUUUUUAGCCAUUUAAAACUAGCACUGUGAUAUUAUGGACAAUAGAUGUAAUAUAAUGUCACCAUUUGAUUUUGUAACUUUUGUAUAGAGACGCAAGUGUAAGAUUUGCCUCCAGGCUGCCGCCCCGGGGUGGCCCAGAGCAGUUCUCUCCCUUUGGCUAACCUGUGCAAAUUUGGAUGAACCAGCCUUUUCUUAGGCACCUUUUCAACAAGGCCGACGCCUCUCAGAAACGCUUUCUUGCUGUACAUUGACGAAGCAGAUGAUUAGCUAGUCGCUGGUGUUUGUGGAGUGAGGCUGUCCGUUGUAGGCUUGUUCGGGUGGAUCGUGCUGUUCGUGCACUCUUCAGGCCCAGGUCCAGCCGUGGUGUGGCGUGCUCUUCUCUCCCUUGAAGCCAACAGGAUGGCUCCCGCUUCCGCCAGGGCUGGAUUUGUCCCACCUUGCUAAUAGAAAUUGUUGUGACAAUUCUUCUUUCGGUAUGUUUUGUGUAUAACGUAGGUGCAGAGGCCCAGCUGUUCCUCCCUCAACCCGAGCCGAGGGGUGGUUGGAGGUGGGUGAUGGGAGCUCCAUGACACGGCCCAAACCUGCCCUCCAUUUUGCUUGGUGCCAGGUCCUCCCCAAGCCACCCGCAGUAGUGGGGGGUGGAGGAGAGGCGAGGUGGUGGGACACACACCUGCCUCUCUCCUGCCGGAGUGGCACUGCUGGUGGGAGCACGGGCGCCAGGGGUGCCCUCACCUGCGGCAGGCCACCUUGGCUUUGGUUGCAUGGCCCCCUCAGCUUUGGUUACAUGGCCAUCUUGGCUUUGGUUGCAUGGCCACCUCCUGGAGACCAGAGCUCAAGGUGGGACAAGCUGACUCUGGACACCUUGGGCCCCCAGUGUGUUUUCCUUGGGGAUCUGGGGGCCAUUUUAACAAGGAUGAACCCGUUCCUGCACAGGGACGUCCCACAGACUCCCUCCCACCGUCCCAGGAGAAGCACCGAUCUUGGGCCAAAAUGCUUCCCUUUGGACAGUGUUGGUGGAGAUAGACAAUGCAUGUACUCAAAAGGGAUUGGCUGUGUCAGUGGUGAGUGUCCCAUAAGCUACAAAGUUGGCGUUCUCCAUCUCUGCAGGGCUGGAUGGGGUCUGUACUUCCAAUUAAUGUUGCAGCCGGAAGAAGCCGCUCGCUGUAGGUGGAACGAAAUAACAGGAUUUCUUCCAGCGUUAACUCCUAAGUUGACUUCCAAGUGCUUUCUUUUCUCCAGUAAUAAUUUUCUCUAACAGCAGCUUUUAAUUGUGUGAUGGUGGAUAAAAUUUACUGGCCAGAUGUAUUAAUAAGAUAAGUUUAUACCUUCUUAGCACCCAAAUUUAAUAUAUUUACUUACAAAGAAUUCUGUGCAAUGAACGUUUAAUACAAAGGAAAGAGACUAUUUUACUUCAAAGCAACAUUAAUUUAUGUACAAAACUAUUGCUCAUUAUUUGGGGUGUUUGGGAUCUAGAACCCUUUUUAUAAGCAGUGUAGUAUAGUAUAAUGUGAUACUUAAGUUAAACUUUGCUCUCUCAACCUAUAUAACAAUCUGUUUUGCCUUCUCAGUGUAGACUCUCUUACCUACGCUGUCACAGAAUUAUUUUGUUGGAUGAGUGGGAUCCUGGUCAGAGCACCGGAUUUCACCAGAGUAACUGAAGGUUUCAGAGCACCUCCUAAAUCUGGCUGCCGUCCCCGUCACCCCCUUCGCUGGUGACAGUUUUCUGGUAAAGCCAACGGAGCGAGAACAAGCUCAGGCUACAUGUUUGGGUAGCACACGAGCAACGAGAGGAGGUCCCCAGCUCGGACCCGUCUGCAGCUGGUCGUGGUGGGAGGAAAGCUGUGCUGGCCAGGCGGCCGAGCGGAUGCAAAGUGCUCUUUAAACGCUGCUUUUGCAUGGACCAUCAAGAAGUUUUACAAAGCUCUGGGGGAAAAACAACGACGGUGACGACAUAUUUUUAGCUGUGUGAUUUCCUUUCAAUCUGCGUCUGCCCAUCUCCGCAAGGAACGACGUUAGACAUAUCACUUAAUUUUCUUCUCGCUUUAUAAAAGGAAAAACAGUUGUUUGAAACACUUCCCCCAAUUUUAUGUGCUCUCUAUCUGCUUUCAGACGCUCCCUCCCUUCCUGCUCUGGAUGGCCCUUAUCCUAUUUCCACCUGAGGUCAAUGGCACUUCCCUAAAUAAGUUUCCCAAAGAAACAACAAAAUUCUACAUACACCCUGAAAAAACGCCAGGCAGCAGUACUUUUUUCAUCUGAGUACCUAAAGCUACAGCCCAUAUAGAAAUGCCAGAUUUCCUCCUUCCAGCCUAAUUAUUCCUCUUUUUCCUUUUCCCUCUCUCGCGCUUCUCCCUCGAAGUAUUUUACCUGAAGCAAAUGGAUGCUUCAGACUAAAGCUUUCUCCUAAAGCCGUGUGGCCUCAGUUUAAGAACCACACAAAGCCAAACUCCUCCUCCCAUUUUUAUUUUUCUGAACAUGGGCCAGAGGCCCUAAAAUAGGAGAGCAAGAUAGAGAGAAAAUUGUUUUAUACAAACAAGUCCUAUUUAUUCAACUUGCAGGUCUAUGAUUGUCCACUUAAUUUGUCUGUGUGCAAGUGUCAUCUCUCUAAUAAACUCAAUAGUUGUUUUGUAUUUUUUUCUGGAUUAAAAGCUUUCUAGAAACUAAAAAGGAAAAAAAAAAGACAUUCAGUCAUAUUUUUCUAGUCUAGCUUGUAGAAUAUUUCAUGUAGUGCAGAAAGGAAGUUUUAUGGAGUAAGACAUUGUUGGAUUUUGCUCUAUUUCCAUUCUUUCUAAUUUUGUAAAAUGCCACCUGUACAUAAUACUCGACUAAUGUAUGUCCUGUAGAUGUAUUACACCAUUUAGCCUAUUAAAUGCCUAUACUGGACCGGUUGGAAGAA